CUAAUAUCCAUUUCUACUGAUAUUCGCAAAAUAAUGGCAGAUCCUGUUAGUGAGAUAUUGCAGUGUUAUAUUGGUAGACUAGCUCAAGUUGUUCUUACUGAGGAAUCAGUUGAUCUCUUACAUACAGAGGGAUUGAUAUCUAAGGAUACAUUAACAGAAGUGAAGAGUUGCGGUUGUUCAUUGGUAGGAGAUCCAAUGUUACUAAUAUUAAGUGCUGUAGCUGAAGAUCAUAGCAAGUUAUGUACUCUGACAAGCAUUCUAAUGAAAUCAAAGGAAGCAGUGUCUUUAACUAGUGAUAUAAUAAUGGAAUAUGGAAAGUCAUUUCCUUCAGCAGUAACAGUGAUGCCAUCUUGUCAACAAGCAAGUACUUCAACAUCUUCAAGAUCUGGACAAUUACAAGAUAGUAGUAGUGAGAAUCAAGCAACUAUCAAUACUGAUGUUACUGAACAAGUGGAGACCAUCAUACUUUACCCUGACGAUAAAGCUGAGUUUGAUAGAAUGGAUCAUAAGCUUGGUACACUUAUUCACAAUACUAUUCCACUCAUUAAAGCAGCCAUACCAUCUGUGGAUGAUUUGAAGACAUACAUUGGAAGGUGCCAGAAAAAAUUAAAGCUUCGAUUGAAAGAUGCCAAUAGCUUUGAUGAUGUAAUGGAAGUGAUUGAGGAUGAGUGUUCUAUCACUAACGUUGCUCUAUUGGAGACUAUAGUGAACAAAUACUCAAUACAAGAUGCUGGAGACAUGAUAUUAGCUUAUCAGACACACUUGGAUGAAUUCUGCAAGAACAAAUUAACAAUGUUUUGUGAUCAUCAGCUUAAAAAAUUAUCCUUUUCUCUCCUCACUUGUGAGACGAUCAAAUUUGUUUUGAAAUGGAAUCCAGAUGACCAUUCUUUCUCCAAUAUCAAAGCCCUCCUAUGGAAAACGUUCAAGGAUAAUCAAGUGGAGGUGGUAGUGAUCAAGGAAGGGAACUCCAUCAUUGUUACUUGUUAUGCUCCUCAUUAUCUGAUGGAGAGUUUACUAGUGACAGCUAGAGAUAACGUUGAUAUGCUAAAGGAGAUGGGAUUGAUUAGUUUAACUAUUGGUUACUAUACUGUGUAUGAUGAACAUGCAAUUGAUGAGGUUAGUGAAUGUAUGUGUAUAUAAAUUAAUGGUAUACUUUAAUAUUUGAUAGG